CUUAGUCUCUCCUUGUGUCUCCCUCAGAGGCCAGAGAGCAGGUUUCUAAGUAGAUCAGAACUGACAGGAGUCAGUGAGCCAGAGCUGAAGAUUCCGUUACCAGGGAGACCAGCCUGAGGAGAGGAAGUAGCCGCCCUCUGACAGGAAGUUAGGUGGGAGAGUUCCUCAGUGAGGAGAUAAAGGAAGCAGCCACUGACAGUUGGGGCUCUGCUGUGUCCCUGUGUUUGUUCAUCCCUUUAAAGGACCACAGAAAAGGCACAGAAUACAGAAGUUCCUGCAUCAGGAGGGGGAAGCUCUGGACCAGAAGCUAUGAUAGGGCUUUACCCUCCCCCAGAGGAGAGAAUGGGCCCCCACCUUCCUCCCCCCUUCUCUGUCAGGCUGGGGGGUGCAGUCACUGGGUGGGGGGCGGGGCUGGUCCAGGCCUUUCCCCAAAGGUCCAAGGGGAGAAGCAGCCAACCUGAGCCUGGCUGGAAUGGGGGUGGGGGGUGGGGGGUGGAUGCCGGUGCCCACAGGCCAUGGAAGGAGCUCUGAUCUCUGACACAGAACAAAUGCCAACAUGUUUGCCCCCAACCCCCACCUGAUGCCUAUCUCCCCAUCCAGCGUCUCCUGCUCCCCACCUUUACCCAGUAACCUCUCCUAGGAAUCUCCCUCAAUUCACUCUGUGCACCCAAAGCAGUUUCUGAAUGGAAUGAAGCCAGAGAGAGCAGCAGAGGGGGUGGGGAGGCUUCUUCCUGACUAGUCCAAGGUCCUUUCCUAGCCUGAGGCUCCCUGUCCCCUCCUGUGGGGAGAGUCUCCUCUGAGGCCAGGGAAGAGCCCUGGGAGCUCCUCUGAGUCCUCCCCUCUCUAAUUCCCCACAGGUGUGCGAAGAGGAAGUCUCCCCACCCUGGGGCUCCCACCCCCUGAAGGAUCACAGUCUGGCCCAAGCUGAGGCCCUGGAGCCAGAGGGAUGGCCCCCAGGACCCUGAGGCGCCUUUCCCAGGGGUCAAUAACAUUCAAGGAUGUGGCUGUGGACUUCACCCAGGAAGAGUGGUGCCUGUUGGACCCUUCUCAGAAAGACCUAUACAGGGAGGUCAUGCUGGAAAAUGUGCAGAAUAUACUCUUUGUGGAGGCAGAGACUAAUUUUGAAGCAAAGGAGAUAUCUACAAAGCUGAGCCUUUUUGUGGAAGGAUCUGGCCCUUCAAGAGGCAUGAAUAAGGGUCCCUGUGACUUCCUUUUGAGAGAAAUCUGUGACUCUAAUAUCAAGGUAAAUAAAAAUCCAAAGAGUCACUGUGCAUUUGAUGAAGUUGCAGAGAAAUUCAGCCAACAUUCAGUCCUAAAUCAGUAUGUGAAAUUGACCUCAGGAAAUGAUUAUUGUCUGGAUAGUGAAUCCACCAAAUGUUUUCCUGAAAAAGUAGGAUUCAAUCAAUUGCAUGGGAAGGCUCCUGAAAUGUCCAUGUAUCAAGAUAACCUUGAGAGAAUCACCUAUGGCUCGAGUUUAGAUCUCACAAAACAUUCAAAAAGUAAACAUGUAGAGAUGCUUUCUGUGAGUAAUAAAGGUGGAAGACCUUUCAUACAGAUCCCUGAGUUUGGUUCAUAUGAAAUAAUCCACUCUGGAGAAAGACCUUAUCAAUGUAAAGAAUGUGGAAAGGAUUUCACACAGAAGGGUCAUCUUGUUAGACAUCAGAGAAGCCACACUGGAGAGAAACCUUAUGAAUGUACACAGUGUGGAAUGGCUUUCACAGAGAGGGGCAGGCUUGCUACACAUCAGAGAAUCCAUACUGGAGAGAAACCUUAUGAAUGUACACAGUGUGGAAUGGCUUUCACAGAGAGGGGCAAGCUUGCUGCACAUCAGAGAAUCCACACUGGAGAGAAACCUUAUGAAUGUACACAGUGUGGAAAGGCUUUCACACGGAAGGGGUAUCUUGCUGAACAUCAGAGAAUCCACACUGGAGAGAAACCUUAUGAAUGUACACAUUGUGGAAAGGCUUUUACACGGAAGGGCUAUCUUGCUGCACAUGAGAGAGUCCACACUGGAGAGAAACCUUAUGAAUGUACACAGUGUGGAAAGGCUUUCACAGAGAGGAGUUCUCUUGUUAAACAUCAGAGAAUGCACACUGGAGAGAAACUUUAUGAAUGUACAGAGUGUGGAAAGGCUUUCACACAGAGGGUCAAGCUUGCUGCACAUCAGAGAAUGCACAUUGGAGAGAAACCUUAUGAAUGUACACAGUGUGGAAAGGCUUUCACACGGAAGGGCUAUCUUACUGCACAUCAGAGAAUUCACACUGGAGAGAAACCUUAUGAAUGUACACAGUGUGGGAAAGGUUUCAUAUACAGGAUGAGUCUUACUGUACAUCAGAGAAUACACACUGGAGAGAAACCUUAUGAAUGUACACAGUGUGGAAAGGCUUUCACAGAGAGAAGUUAUCUUGUUAAACAUCAGAGAAUCCACACUGGAGAGAAACCUUAUGAAUGUACAGAGUGUGGAAAGGCUUUCACACAGAGGGUCAAUCUUGUUAAACAUCAGAGAAUCCACACUGGAGAGAAACCUUAUGAAUGUACACAAUGUGGAAAGACUUUAACACAGAGGGUCAAUCUUGUUAAACAUCAGAGAAUCCACACUGGAGAGAAACCUUAUGAAUGUACACAGUGUGGAAUGGCUUUCACAGAGAAGGGCAAGCUUGCUGCACAUCAGAGAAUCCACACUGGAGAGAAACCUUAUGAAUGUACACAAUGUGGAAAGGCUUUCACACAGAGGGUCAAGCUUGCUGCACAUCAGAGAACCCACACUGGAGAGAAACCUUAUGAAUGUACACAGUGUGGAAAGGCUUUCACGUGGAAGGGCUAUCUUGCUGCACAUGAGAGAAUCCACACUGGAGAGAAACCUUAUGAAUGUACACAGUGUGGAAAGGCUUUCACACGGAGUGAUAAUCUUGCUGCACAUCAUAGAAUCCACACUGGAGAGAAACCUUAUGAAUGUACACAAUGUGGAAAGGCUUUCACAGAGAAGGGCUCUCUUGCUGUACAUCAGAGAAUCCACACUGGAGAGAAACCUUAUGAAUGUACACAAUGUGGAAAGGCUUUUACACGGAGGAGUUAUCUGGUUAUACAUCAGAGAAUCCACACUGGUAAGAAUCCUUUUGAAUAUAAUAAAUUCAGAUAGCCUUUCUCAUAAUGCUCCACAGUUGCUUCAUGUCAGAAAUUCCCUACUGGAGAGAAACCUCAUGAAUGAGGCUGAGCUUACAGUUGCCACUUUUAGCUUAUUUAACAGAAGAGGAAUCACACUAGGAAGAAAC